AUGAUGGAGACGCAAAAAGAAGGGAACGCUUUCGGUGCUGGUUGGCCCAACAGACUAGGACAGCGUUUUGCAACAAUUGAAUGGGGGGAUUUGGAGGGCUGUACAUCUGCUGUGGAACAGGAGAGAGACUCAUUUGUCUCUCAGGUGAACGAGUCUGAUAUAGACAAGCAGCAUUAUGGAGAUUGUGCAAUGGAUUUUAUCGCAGAUACCACUGCUGCAGGAGAUAGCUGUCUGUCUGAACUUCUCCCAUUUCAGGGAUGUGUUAUACCCCCUCUAACUCCUCAGAGGGAUUUCUCAGAGGACAGCAUGGUUCAAUCCACCACAGAAAAAACAGAGAAUGGAGUUCCAUGGAGGAGUGUUGCAGAGUGUCAGGGGAGGGUUCAUGGAGACUCAAUGGCCAUCAACAAACAGCUCCAGGAGAGUCUUCACAAGCAACAACAAGAACUGAACUCGCUCCAGGAAAGAAACCUGCACCUCAAGCAACUGGCGAGUCGAGCAAAACACCUUGCCUCAGUCCUUGAAAGACUCAUGACAGUCAGAAAUUCUCAUGCUGGAGAACCGGAGGUACCAAUCUCUGAAAACACCUCUCUGAGCCCCUGCAAGAGGCAGCGCCUGGAUGAAGGCUAUGAAACAGAGUCCUCUGACUCUGUGGAGGACAUGCUGAGGGACAUCAGCACACGCUGCAACGCUGUGCUGCUCAACAACGCUGCAGGAUCACCACAGGAGUCCGAGACGAUACGCAUGUAUGGCGCAUUCUCAAGUUUGCAGAUGUCCACUCCUAACAACAGCAGCACUGUGAGUGUUGAUGCACCAGAGGCUGCAGAAGAUGUGUCAUCCUUCAGGACCUCCGUCAGAGAACACGGCACCAUUCGGACUCAGGUGUUUCCUCAUGGGCAUGCGUUUACAUCAAGGACCCUGCAGGGGGGGUACCGUUUCCGCUGGGUUCCCAACCACAGCUGA